AUUGCAAUCAUACCAGUGCAUCAGUGUUUCUGAGUGCAGAAUACAACACAGACCAUAAUCAAAAUGAUGAAGCUGGUGGUGUUGUCUUGCCUGUUGGCCGCUGCUUCGGCUAGUCUGAUCGCUGGGAUUGCCCCAAUCGCCUACUCCGCGCCCCUGAUCGCACCAUACAACUACCGGGGCCCGCUGUCGCUAGCUCCUGGUCAGCCAGCUAAUAUCCUGGCUUCUGAUGGCAGGCCACUGGAUACUCUGGAAGUCAACCUCGACCGUUCUGCUCACUUGACUGCCAAGGCUCUCGACGGAUUACACGUGUUGAAGAAGCGUUCGGCUAGUCUGAUCGCUGGGAUUGCCCCAAUCGCCUACUCUGCGCCCUUGAUCGCACCAUACAACUACCGGGGCCCGCUGUCACUAGCUCCUGGUCAGCCCGCUAAUAUCCUGGCUUCUGAUGGCAGGCCACUGGAUACUCUGGAAGUCAACCUCGACCGUUCUGCUCACCUGACUGCCAAGGCUCUCGAUGGAUUGCACGUGUUGAAGAAGCGUUCCGCCCCAAUUCUGGCAGCACCUCUGAGCCGACUGGCCGUGGCUUCUGCUCCCCUGGUCGCCCCCGCUGUUUCAGUCUACAGCGCCCCCAUUAUUCCUCGAGUUGCAGCUAUCUCCUACGCAGCACCCAUCGCCCAUUGGUGAAUAAAUACUCAAUGAAACUUAAAAAAAGUAUAUGUAAAUAUGUAUAUAUAAAGCAAAUACAUAAUACACUAUGAAGAAUU